UUUUUCUCUCUCUCCGUUCCACCUCCAAGUUCACUUUACAACUUCGUAUACCCAGAGAUGAGUUUUUCAAAGAAAGAGUACGAAUUUCUGAAGGAGAUAGGCGUUGGCCCUAACAACCUCGGAUGUUACGUCAAUGGCGCUUGGAAGGCAAGCGGUCCUGUCGUUACCUCUAUCAAUCCCGCCAACAAUCAGGUUAUUGCUGAAGUUUCUGAAGCUUCCACUCAAGAUUAUGAGGAAGCCAUGAAAGCUUGCUCUGAAGCCGCAAAUAUGUGGAUGCAAAUUCCCGCACCAAAGAGAGGGGAGAUUGUUAGACAGAUUGGUGAUGCACUGAGAGCCAAACUUCAGCAACUUGGUCGGCUUGUAUCACUUGAAAUGGGAAAAAUACUUCCUGAAGGAAUUGGGGAGGUUCAGGAAAUUAUUGACAUGUGUGAUUUUGCUGUGGGGUUAAGCCGGCAACUCAACGGAUCAAUCAUACCUUCAGAACGUCCAAAUCAUGUGAUGCUGGAGAUGUGGAACCCUCUUGGAAUAGUGGGUGUAAUUACAGCUUUCAAUUUUCCAUGUGCUGUUCUUGGGUGGAAUGCUUGCAUUGCUCUAGUCUGUGGUAAUUGUGUAGUUUGGAAAGGCGCUCCAACAACACCUUUAAUUACCAUUGCAAUGACAAAGAUAAUUGCUGGGGUUCUAGAAAAGAAUAAUUUACCAGGUGCCAUUUUUACUUCUUUUUGCGGUGGUGCUGAAAUUGGUCAUGCUAUAGCAAAUGAUACUCGCAUACAUCUGGUUUCAUUCACCGGAAGUUCAAGGGUGGGUCUCAGGGUUCAACAAACAGUAAAUGAGAGAUUUGGAAAAUGCUUGCUUGAAUUAAGUGGAAACAAUGCUAUAAUUGUCAUGGAUGAUGCCGACAUCCAACUUGCUGUUCGCUCUGUUCUUUUUGCUGCUGUUGGCACAGCUGGUCAGCGUUGCACUACAUGCCGUAGACUGAUACUUCAUGAAAGUGUAUAUCAAACAGUACUUGACCAACUACUCAAAGUAUACAAACAAGUUAAAAUAGGAGAUCCUUUAGAGAAAGGUACCUUGCUUGGGCCACUACAUACUCGUACUUCAAGGGAGAAGUUUGAGAAGGGAAUGGAGAUCAUCAAAUCUCAGGGUGGGAAGAUCCUUACCGGUGGUUCAGUUAUAGAGUCUGAAGGAAACUUUGUGCACCCCACAAUAGUUGAAAUUUCUCCAAAUGCUGCUGUAGUGAAAGAAGAACUGUUUGCUCCAGUUCUUUAUGUUAUGAAAUUUCAGACUCUAAAAGAAGCUAUUGAAAUAAACAACUCAGUACCUCAAGGAUUAAGUAGUUCUAUAUUCACUCGCAAACCUGAAAUUCUUUUCAAAUGGAUUGGGCCUCUAGGAAGUGAUUGUGGUAUUGUGAACGUAAAUAUACCAACAAAUGGUGCUGAGAUUGGUGGUGCUUUUGGUGGUGAAAAGGCCACAGGUGGUGGCCGUGAAGCAGGGAGCGACUCUUGGAAGCAGUACAUGAGACGCUCGACUUGCACAAUCAAUUAUGGGAGUGAAUUACCAUUGGCACAAGGAAUCAGCUUCGGUUAGCCCCUUCGACUUCUGAUAAUAAUCACAAGAUUGCAAUUGCCAACUUCAACGGUUUGAGCUGAUAGGAGAGCUUUGUCAGGUUGGGUAUGAUUCUGAUUGUAGUACCCUGUACCAAAAUAAAAAAAAUGCAAAAAAUUAAUAAAGAAAACAAUUUAUAUUGUCAUUUUGUGUGGUCCUUGUUCAUUCUUGUUGGGGAGCUUUCUGUUUAAUUGCAACUUGUUGAACAGUCCUUACUCUUUAAUUACCUGUUGCUUGUUCUAUACCCGUGUCCAUGGGGACAAAUUAUGGCAUAGGAGAGCUUUGUCAGGCUGGGUAUGAUUCUGAUUGUAGUACCCUGUACCAAAAUAAAAAAAAUGCGAAAGAUUAAUAAAGAAAACAAUUUAUAUUGUCA